UAAUUUCGCUUCAGUUUUCGCUUCUCCAUCGCUUCAUUUCCUAGCAGUGAAUUUUAACAUCAGUUUGAGCAACAUUUCGUGAACCGAACGUACGAACAUGCAAUCAGAAUAAUGACGACAGAUGUAGUGAAAAUAGAACGUACAAGCCUGCCCAUGGCCGUGGAUGAAAUAACGAACGAUGCGAGCGGUGCCAGCUGCAACAGCGUCACUGGACCGACCGGUGUUGGUAGCGGGAAUGUCGCCGGAAACGUUGCCGGAACACCGAAAGAAUCUGCAAAAUCACAAAAUUUACGGCGGACCAUUGCUAAGCCAACGUUCGAAAAGGAUAAGUGCAGCUUUCUGAACGAUCUGCACAUGUUCCACGAAAAGCAUGGUACACCGUACUUGAAGCUUCCCAAGAUCAGUGGAAAGGAUGUCGAUCUUCACAAGCUCUACUCGAUCGUUAUCGGCCGAGGCGGAUGGAUGAAGGUGAAUGCACGAGAGGACUGGGAUGAAGUAAUUGAGGAGUUGGACCUUCCAACCCGAUGUGUGAAUAAUGAGAUCGCUCUCAAACAAAUAUACAUCCGCUACUUGGAUCGAUACGAGCGCGUUAACUUUCACGGAGAGGAUAAGGAUCCGAUAGAAGACGACGAUGACGAAAAGCGCCUUCACAGACGAUGGUCCGUUCGUAUGCUACACUCCACACCGUCCGUGUACAACCAUCAUCAACACAAUGUAGCGGAAGGAUUACGUUCCUCGUUGAAGCUUUCCGACGAUCUGUAUCGUGCAUCCGAGUAUGAUAAGCUGAUCCUGUCACUGUUGUCCCCGUUGCCGAAUGAGCAGGAUUUUGCUAUUAAUGUAUGCACGCUGAUGUCCAACGAAAACAAGCACACACUAAAAGUUGACAAGUGUCCGCGACUGGUGUACGCAUUGCUGGCCCAUGCUGGAGUUUUCAAUCACUUUUCGCUACGGGACACGUUCGACGAAUACUAUUCGAACAUUAGGAAGAAUUCGCUGCAGCGGUUCUGGAAAGAAUGUCUUUUUGAAAAGCCACAAGUGUUGGAAUUGUCGCUGGAAGACUGCUUCGCGAAGAUGGGUACCGAUCCUAGCGCACUGAUAGCAUCAAUUUAUCCAGAAGAGCCGGAAGAGAUGGACACUAAAGCUGGCAACGAGAAUGAAGAUGAAAACGAAAGCGAUUUUGAGAUCAUGAACGGACGAUUAAACACGGCAACGCUUCGUUCCUUUCUCAGUCUAGGGACGGGUCUCGGAACGAACGACUAUAUUGGUCAGCGUGUGUUGCAAAUCGCUUCCAUAUUUCGCAAUCUAAGCUUCAACGAGGAAAAUCUGCACGUCCUGGGUCGCAACCGUACCUUCAUUCGCUUUCUUAUUAUGUGCGCUAAUUCGCGAUGGAACAAUCUGCACCACCUUGGGCUGGACAUGCUCGGCAACAUUGCGAACGAGAUCGACAUUAACGAUCCGCAGUCGGAUGAAGUGACACGGUGCCUUGUGUCAACGCUUUCCGAAGGUUUGGAGGGUGCCGAUCGCGGUGUCAUCAUUAGCUGCAUGGAGGUGCUUAGCAAAAUUGCCCAAAAGGAAUCGAAUGAGGAAAAUUUGAACCGUUGCCUCAACCAGCAACUGUACGAUCAGAUUAGUCUGUUUCUAUGUUUGAACGACAUCAUGCUGCUGCUGUACACAUUGGAAUGCAUAUACUCUCUCACAUCGAUGGGAGAGAAACCCUGCAAUGCGAUCAUGCACAUCCGAGGCGUGAUCGAUACGCUUGUGUCGUUGGUGACGGUUGAAGCACAAAGUUAUGGGCCGGAUGCGUGCAUUCUGAUGCGUGUAGUUGAAACCAUUCCUGGAAAUAUGGCCACACAUCAUGCCCAAGGCACAUACUACCAAAAUGCGACUGGUCAGGUGGGACAACCUAAUCCUCCACCAACGAUGACACAGCUGACGGUUCACAAAGACGGUGGCCAGUCGAUGGGUGCUGGUGGUCAGCAGAACAGCAAUACACACGUCGUGUAUCCAACACCCGAGGUACCAAAGCUUCCUUCAUUGACUAUUACCAGCAAACCAGUGCCAUCUCCACCAGUUGUACAACAACAGCAGCAGCAAGCCCAACCCCAACAGCAUAUGGUGCAACCUGCACCUCAAACAGUGCCACCGAACCAAAUUGCUGCCAACAAUGCGACAAUUGUAAGCGUCACUCGUCCACCGGCAGCCGAUUCACCUCAGAUUCCUGUAAACGUAAUUGCCCGUACGGAUCCAGCAUUGGCUGUUGCGCACGGUACGGUACCAAAUCAGCAGACGGCAACUACCACAAACGUACAACAAACGAAUCAAGGAUCGCAUCAACAAACCGUGACGGCUGGCGGCGCCGUUAUUCAAAGUCCUUCCGCUGCCCCGACAUCGAUCGCUGCCAAACACAUCCAGCAGCAACAGGCGCAGGAAAGUGAACAGUUUGCCUAUGCCUGGCUGAGGGCAUCGUUUGAAGCUGCUCCGGCCGUUCGAAUGGAACAGCAGGAGCUGUACAAACUGUACCUGGCCACGAAUGGAAAGCUCGGACGAAAAGUGAUUGUUCCGUUGUCUCACUUUCCGCGCUGUGUUCGUGCCGUGUUUGGUGGAACGGUGGGUCCAGUACAGCUGAAAAUGGAACAGAAUGGCGUUGAAACGAUUGGAUACUACUACGAGGGUUUGCGGCUUCGCUCCAAACCGUUACCGAUCGUGCAUAAAGGAACAGUGCUGACAACUGCUGUAGACUGUACUUCGUCGAUUGGUACUAGCACUAAUAGUAGCUCCAUCACAUUGACAAAAGCCGACGAACAAAAUCAUAGUAAAAUAUCCACUAUUAGUUGUACUACUGCAAACACCACCGUUACGACACAAAAUUCAACCGUCGGGCGAGAGACGAGUUCCGGCACAGCAAUCACUACGAAUGCAAUCGCAAAACCUGCAAACACUGGCAUAAGUAACGCUGCAGCUACCGGGCGAUCUACCACAGGUUCUACUGCUCCCACCGGCCAAGAAUGUCGAUUGGUUGAUGUUACCCCAGCGCAAGGAACGCUCCGUUCCUCAUCCGUUAUAGCAAUGGCACCACCAAGUAGUAAUCCAUCACCACCGGCACUAAAGACGCAGCAAUCAUCGCAAUCCGUAUCGGUGCUGCACAAAGCGUUACCCCUACAGACGGUCAAAUCUUCGCAACACCAAGUACAACCUAAAGCAAUCAUGCAUUUUACCCAGGCCCAAUCGGUAAAACCCUUCGAUCCUAACAAUGCUGGCAGCACAUCGUCUUCAGCAGGCUCGGGAGGAGGAUCGACGACGAUCGGCAAACAGAUCAUUGUCACCCAAGUCGGUGGCAAAAGUGUCGUAAUCAAUAAGACUACGUCCGGCCAACAACACCAGUACAUACCGUCGACACCUUCGUCGCCUUUGCUCCAGCAAGUUCUUAGCGGCGAUCAGAAGAACAAUGUAAUUGUGGUAAAUCAGACGACCAUCUCGCCACAGCUAGCUGGCACCGGCCACAACAAUCCGGGACCAAGUGCGCAUUUACAAACCGGCACCGGUACGACGACGAUCAUGAACCAGUCGGGCACAAUCAGCUCCACGACGACGAACCCGUCCGCGCUGAUCAAGAGCCUGCUGGCGAACAAGGUAACGACAGCGGUCACCGAUAGUACGCUCUCCGCUGCUACCGUUGGCUCUGCCGCCGCUGCUGCUGCUGCUGCCGCUGCUGCUCCUUACUCCAGUAGUUUGUCCACUACUACCAUCACCAACUCUCCUACUACCAAUUGUUUGAUUGCACCGAAUGUUAACGUGCAUCAGGUGGCACAAAGGCAACAAAUGCAGAAACAGAAGCAAAUGAUCGAACAAAAGCUUCUCCCCAACAGCUCCAUCAAUCCAUCUGUUGUCGUAACGUCGAACAAUCCGAAUAAUCUGACCAACAUUAAGGUGGGCAAUUCGACCAUAUCCAUCAAACCGGGCACACUGCCCACAAACACGGUCAUAACGGCGACAAAUCCGCACGAAACGUCCUUUAACGCGCCACCGCCGCUAGCACCGCUUAGUCAACCGGGCAUACAGCAGGGUACGAUCAUCAAAACGAUCGCUGCCCCUCACGAUCCGAAUCAGCAUCAUACAGCAACCACGGGUAAAUUGUUACCAAACAAGGUACUUUCCGAAUUGCUGGAAAAGAAACCGGGUGAAAUGAUCAUCGCCGGUGAGACGACGAUCAAGCGAAAAUUCGAACUGGCCGACACAUCGAUGGAACCUCCAAUGAAGCGAAUGGAAGGGGCGACAAAGACGGCCGAUCUGUACGCCGAAUUGGCCGGUUCGAUAACGGAGGGUGAGGACGUGGAAGAUGCCGAUAUUAAAGCUGCCCAAGAUGCCGAACAGCAGCUUGCUGGUAAGGUGAAGCUGCAGCAAAUAACGCACCACCAGCACCAACAGCAACAACAGCAACAACAGCAGCAGCAUCAACAACAACAGCAGCAGCAGCAACAACAAAUGAUUUCAAUGCCCGUAUCGAUGCAGCGACAAUUAAUCGUCACACCAAACAGUGCCCAGCCAAUGAUCAUUUCAACACCGGCAGCAAAUGUCACAAACAAUCCAACGCCACAGCAAUUAACAUCGCAAACGACGGCCACAAUUAAAACGGAGAGUGGAUUCCAAACGGUACCGAUCAUACUGCAGCACAACGCAAUCGGUGGUGGCACCUUGCAGCUGCAAAAGGCAACAGCGCCGGGUGGUGCGAUUAUGCAACCGUCUGUCCUAGCGACCCAGCACCAGCAACCGACCCAGUACAUCCUUGCCACCAACCCGCAGGGACAAACGUAUGUGAUGGCACAGCAGCCCCAACCACAGCCGCAACUGCAGCAAACGGUACUGCUUGCGCAAGGGCAACAGCACGGUGGCAGUGGGCAGAAAACGUUUAUCAUCGUACAGCAGCAGCAACCAGCGGCCGCAUCGCCUAUGCCGCAAAUGACGAUGCAGGGCGCGAUGGCACAGAAUCAAGGUCAAACGCAAAAGAUUUUUCUCAAUCAACAGGGUCAGCAGAUUCUGAUGACACAGCUACCGCGACAGGUGAUCGUUAGCCAUGGGGGACCGUCCGUGUCGGGUGGCACAACGAUCCACACGUCCAGCGCACCGUCGGUCAUGCCGGCGAGUGGCACCACAAUGAUCGCAACGGCUGGUGGUAGUGGUGGGACGAUUAUCGAAAAGAAACCGAUCUACAUCACGACGAACGCACAGGGUAAUACGAUCAGCUUCGAGGGACCACCGCAACAGCUGCAAGUGCAGGCGAUGCAAUCGGGCAGUGCGAGCGGUACGUUCCAGAUCAAACCGUACGGUAAUGUGGGAGUUCACGGACAGCAGCAGCACAUUAUACAGCAGGCGAACCUAUCGACCGGUGGAUCAGUUGGGCAGCCAACGAUUCAAUUCAUCCAGCAUCAGGGUGGUGGUACAUUGGUGCAGGCACAAGGACAACUACCGUCGACAACGCAAAGCAUGCAACCCACGCAACAGAUCGUUUUCCAUGGCACGCACAGCGGUGGCGCGGUUGGGCCGCAGAUCAUACAACAGCAAAUUAUUCAAUCGGCAGCUGGUUCACAACAUGGUCAGCAUAUCGUUCAGAAGGUUUUGCAUCAGCAACCUCAACAGCAGCAGCAGCAGCAGCAACAACUGCAGCACCAACCCCAACAGCAACAUAUGAUACAUGCAGCAAUAAAGCAGAAUCCUUCGCAAAUCAUUACAGUGCAACAGCAGAAGCAACCGGUUGCAACCAUUACCACGCAACAACCGCAACACACGCCACAGUUGCCACCGAGCUUAUCGAUUCAACGCCAAGCAGGAUCAUCAUCGCAAUCGAGCAUUUCCUCUAAACCUGUGUCCGUGGCAAAUGUGAUCCCUCCGGUGGUUCAGGCACCGGUGGUUGCACCUACGCCGGGAUUACCGGGCGGCAAACCACAAAUCAUUCAGGUCGUGCAGCAAAAGUUAACGACAGCAUCAGGCAAUCAAACGCAAGCCGUUGCGGCUGCCGUUGGUCAACAGCAUAUUCGACCAACAGGGCCAAACGUACCACCACCAAUGGUGGCCUCGUCCUCGGUUGCUUCCCAAGGUACGGUGGCGAUGGUUCAAACGAACGUCACACAAACGAUCGUAACAAGUCAACCUGCAGCUGCAUCCCACACCUCACCGAUGCCGGCAUCCGUCACGAUGACAUCGAUUUCUACGCAACCCAGCGGUAGUGGGAAUGUUCCAACAGCUACCGUUACUAGCGCGACGGCAAACAUUCAGGCUACGGUAAAUGCUGCCCAAACGCCAUCGGUCGCAACCGCAACGGCUCCAGCAGCAUCCGGACCAAUCACCAACACGAUCACUAUUCCGAUAUCCGUUGCAACCGGGAGUGGUAGCACGACCACCUCCAUCCAAAUGAUUCCGGCAAUGGAUCCGCAAAAGAUCGUGGAAGAGGAUGUCGAUCCGAGCUGGCCGUGGGUUUGCGAUUGGCGCGGCUGCCCGAGGAAAAAGUUCCAAUCGGCUACGGAGGUGUUUCGGCAUGCCUGUACCGUCCACUGUCCCGACACGGUGGAUGUAAGCGCGGACAUUUACUGCCAGUGGGGUCUUGGGCCAAAUCUUUGUGACAAUUUGCCCCGCAAACGGUUCUCGCUGAUGACGCACAUACUCGAUCGGCACUGUACGGUGGAUUCUUUCAAAGCGGCCGUCCAAAGGCGACUUACCGGUGGGCCACAGCAACCCGUACAACCGUAUCCGGUGACACUGGUGCGCCAAUCGGGACCGGGCAAUGGAUGCGUAGCGGUUGCAAACGGUACAGCUACUGGUGGUGCGUCGGGUGAAAGAGGAUCUCCAACGCCGGCCUCCUGUACGAAGGUCGAUACCGGAAGUACGGAGGGCAGCAGCAAUUCAAACACAAACGGACCGGGCCAACUGUCCGCAGCAGGACCGGCCGCAAUGCAUGCAAUUAAGCGUUAUUCUAUGGAUUACGUUAACUCGAAAGAAUUCCAGGACGAAAUGGAAGGUCCUGUAACGAAAAGUAUUCGCCUUACAUCCGCCCUUAUCUUAAGGAAUCUGGUUGUUUAUACAAAUUCAGCUAAAAGAAGCCUGCGCAUGUACGAGGCACACCUGGCCGGUGUAGCGCUUAGUAAUGUCGAAUCGAGCCGUACCGUAGCGCAGCUGUUGUUCGAAAUGAACGACACAGGGCCAAAUUACUAAAGGGUAUGCCGUGAUGCAUUGUUUUAUGGUUUACAUGUGCAUUUUAUCUUAUUCUUAAUCGUGUUACCACACACGACAAACAACAGAGAACGCCUUAUUAACACAGUUUUGUCCUUUAACACCGUAUAGUGGUUGUAUUAUUUACCUUUAAAUUGCACAUUUUGCUACGAUGCUACGGAAGCCGGAAGUGUGCUACGGAAAGCCGGUAGUAGUAGUAGUAGUAAUAAUAGUGGCAGUAGUAGUAGUACAUCGAAUCAAAGAAAAGGAAAUAAAAAAAUGGGUUGACAAAUGAUUGAAAGCUACA